CAACUGUGAAGUCGAGCUCCGCCUCCGAAUGGGAAAAAAUAGUUUUCAACAGUCAUUCAACUCGGAAUUCCAUGUCAGAAACUCGGGCAUCUUUCUCGAGCUCUGAUUUUCCGUCAUGAUUUGCCCUCUUUUUUUCCCCCCGGGUUCCCAGUUGUCGUGAAAGCACCAUUAAUAUGAACUUUAUUGUUCCCAAACAGGAAGACAUUGCACCAACACAGGUCGACGUGUCAGGAAACAUUCGGGAGAAGUAAAUGGGCUAAAGAAGCAGUUGGGAGACCAGUCUGCGAAAAAUAAGAGUUUACAUUUUCAGAGUGAAUUUGACAGAUUCAUAUAUAGUUAUCAUUGCUUUCCUGUGAUGUUGACCAAAUUCGAGACGAAGUCGGCCCGUGUGAAAGGGCUGAGUUUCCACCCUAAACGGCCCUGGAUCCUUGCUAGUCUUCACAAUGGAGUCAUCCAGUUGUGGGACUAUCGGAUGUGCACACUGAUUGACAAGUUCGAUGAGCAUGAUGGACCUGUCAGAGGAAUUGAUUUCCACAAGCAACAGCCUCUGUUUGUGUCUGGAGGAGAUGACUACAAAAUCAAGGUGUGGAACUACAAGCUGCGGCGUUGCCUCUUCACUCUUCUUGGGCACCUGGACUACAUCCGCACCACCUUCUUCCAUCAUGAAUAUCCAUGGAUUUUGAGUGCCUCAGAUGACCAGACAAUACGUAUCUGGAACUGGCAGUCCAGGACCUGUGUCUGUGUACUGACAGGGCAUAAUCACUAUGUGAUGUGUGCUCAGUUCCACCCCUCUGAGGACCUAGUGGUGUCGGCCAGCCUGGACCAGACCGUGCGUGUGUGGGAUAUCUCCGGUCUGAGGAAGAAGAACCUCUCUCCCGGGGCCGUGGAAACUGAUGUGCGAGGCAUCUCUGGUGUUGAUCUGUUCGGAGCAUCCGAUGCCGUUGUCAAACACGUGCUCGAGGGUCACGAUCGUGGGGUCAACUGGGCCGCCUUCCAUCCCACCAUGCCCCUCAUCGUCUCAGGGGCUGAUGACCGGCAGGUCAAGAUCUGGAGGAUGAACGAGUCCAAGGCGUGGGAACUGGACACCUGCAGGGGCCACUACAACAACGUGUCCUGUGCUGUCUUCCACCCCCGCCAGGAGCUCAUCCUGUCCAACUCUGAGGACAAGAGUAUCCGUGUGUGGGACAUGUCCAAAAGGACCGGUGUCCAGACCUUCCGCAGGGACCACGACCGCUUCUGGGUGCUGGGGGCUCACCCCAACCUCAAUCUAUUUGCUGCUGGUCAUGACAGUGGUAUGCUGGUGUUUAAGCUGGAGCGUGAGCGUCCGGCCUAUGCUGUAUACGGCAACAUGCUCUACUAUGUCAAGGACCGCUUCCUGCGCCAGCUCGACUUUAACAGCAGCAAGGACACCGCUGUCAUGCAGCUGCGCAGUGGGUCAAAGUUCCCAGUGUUCAGCAUGUCUUACAACCCUGCAGAGAAUGCUGUCUUGCUCUGCACUAGGGCAACCAACCUGGAGAACAGCACCUAUGACCUGUAUGCCAUUCCCAAAGAGAGCGACUCUCAGAACCCAGAUGCUCCUGAGGGGAAGAGGUCCUCCGGUCUGACUGCAGUCUGGGUCGCAAGGAACAGGUUUGCUGUUCUGGACCGCAUGCAUUCUCUGCUAAUCAAGAACCUGAAGAAUGAGAUUGUGAAGAAGGUGCAGGUGCCCAGCUGUGAGGAGAUCUUUUACGCCGGGACAGGCUCCCUGCUGCUGCGCGACGCAGAUGGGGUCACCCUCUUCGACGUGCAGCAGAAACGCUCACUGGCCACCGUGAAGAUCGCCAAGGUCAAGUAUGUGGUGUGGAGUGCUGACACCAGCCACGUGGCCCUGCUGGCUAAACACGCAAUUAUGAUCUGCAACAGGAAGCUGGAGAGUCUGUGCAACAUCCAUGAGAACAUCCGUGUGAAGAGUGGAGCCUGGGACGAGAGUGGCGUCUUCAUUUACACCACAUCUAACCACAUUAAAUACGCCCUCACCUCAGGUGAUCAUGGUAUCAUCCGGACUCUGGACCUGCCCAUCUACGUGACCCGGGUCAGAGGCAACAGCGUCUACUGUCUUGAUCGUGAGUGCAGGCCCCGUGUGCUGACCAUCGACCCCACGGAGUACCGCUUCAAACUGGCCCUGGUCAACCGCAAAUAUGAAGAGGUUCUGCACAUGGUGCGUAACGCCAAGCUGGUUGGCCAGUCCAUCAUCUCCUACCUGCAGAAGAAGGGUUACCCUGAGGUAGCCCUGCACUUUGUCAAGGAUGAGAAGACCCGCUUCACUCUAGCUCUGGAGUGUGGCAACAUUGAAGUGGCGUUGGAGGCUGCCAAGGCUCUGGAUGAGAGGGGCUGCUGGGAGCGGCUGGGCGAGGCUGCGCUGCUGCAGGGUCACCACCAGGUCGUGGAGAUGUGCUACCAGAGGACCAAGAAUUUCGACAAGCUCACCUUCCUCUACCUCAUCACUGGUAACCUGGCCAAGCUCCGCAAGAUGAUGAAGAUCGCUGAGAUCAGGAAGGACAUGAGUGGACACUACCAGGGUGCUCUGUAUCUGGGGGACGUCAGCGAGAGAGUUCGCAUACUGAAGAACUGUGGCCAGAAGUCACUGGCAUAUCUGACUGCUGCUACCCACGGGAUGGACGAAGAGGCAGAAUCCCUGAAAGAGACAUUUGACCUGGAGAAGGAGACUGUCCCUGAGGUGGACCUUAAUGCCCAGCUGCUGCAGCCACCACCACCUAUCAACCCCCUGGAUACCAACUGGCCCCUGCUUACUGUGUCCAAGGGCUUCUUUGAGGGAGCCAUUGCAGCCAAAGGGAAGGCUGGUCAGAUGGCUGCAGACAUGGAUGUUGAUGCCCCAGGAGGAGAGGGCUGGGGAGAGGACGCAGAGCUUCAGCUGGAUGAGGAUGGCUUCAUGGAUGCCCAGGAUGGAUUAGGAGAGGAAGGAGGUGCAGCGAAGGAGGAAGGAGGAGGUUGGGAGGUGGAGGAAGAUCUGGACCUUCCUCCAGAGCUCGAGUUGUCAGCUGGCUCUGGAGGAGGGGCUGAAGAUGGUUUCUUUGUCCCGCCCACUAAGGGCAUGAGCCCCACACAGCUGUGGUGCAACAACUCCCAGCUCCCUGUGGACCACGUCCUGGCAGGCUCAUUUGAGACCGCCAUGAGGUUGCUCCAUGACCAGGUUGGGGUGGUGCAGUUUGGGCCCUAUAAGCAGCUGUUCAUGCAGACUCUGUCCCGCGGGCGGACCUGCUACCUGGGCCUGCCUUCUCUACCCUGCCUGCGUGGCAACCCCCAGAGGAACUGGAAGGACUGUGGGACCAAGCAAGGGCUGCCUGCCGUGGGUCUUCGUCUUUCUGACCUCAUCGCCCGCCUGCAGCAGUGCUACCAGCUCACCACUGCCGGCCGCUUUGAGGAGGCCGUUGAACGCUUCCGCGCCAUCCUGCUGUCUGUGCCACUGCUGGUGGUCGACAACAAGCAGGAGAUCGCAGAGGCUCAGCAGCUGAUCACAAUCUGCAGAGAAUACAUUGUUGGCCUCACCAUGGAAACAGAAAGGAAGAAGUUGCCUAAAGACACAUUGGACCAGCAGAAGAGGCUGUGUGAGAUGGCAGCUUACUUUACCCACUGCAGUCUCCAGCCAGUCCACAUGGUCCUGGUAUUACGUACGGCACUAAAUCUGUUCUUCAAACUGAAGAACUUCAAGACAGCUGCCAGUUUUGCCCGUCGCUUGCUUGAACUAGGGCCCAAACCAGAGGUGGCACAGCAGACACGCAAGAUCUUGGCAGCAUGCGAGAAGACGCUGACAGAUGCUCACCAGCUGAACUACGACCCCCACAAUCCAUUUGACCUGUGCACUGCCUCAUACACGCCCCUAUACCGUGGACGCCCCGUGGAGAAGUGCCCUCUGUCUGGGGCCUGCUACUGCCCCCCCUACAAAGGCCAGGUCUGCAGGGUCACACAGGUGACGGAGAUCGGAAAAGAUGUGAUUGGUCUGCGUGUCAGUCCCCUGCAGUUCCGUUAAGAGGACACGAAGAGGACCAGGGAAGAACGACAGUGAUCCGUUCAGAGAAACACAUCCACACUUUAUUCUAUAUAUACAGUUUUUCUCACUAGGUUUGGAGAGAACAAAACUUGAUUGAUGCGAGAGAAUGCUUGCUAGGAUGAAAUGUGAUUUAUUGGUGAGAAUGCUUGAUAUUAAGUAUUUACAUUUGACUGUCUGCUUUACCUUUCCUGUAAUGCUGUACUUGUGAGUGCAUGUCAUCCCUGCUCCAACGAUUGAGAAUUGUAGUUUUAUUAGAACCCUACUAGCCAUCCCUUUUGGUCUCUUUCUGACUUGUAUACACAAUCACUGCUUUGUGUAACUAGUUAAAUAAAAUUGUGUGCAUCAUUCUUUAA